CGGCCGCUGCCGGAACCGCGGAGCGGAGGGGGCGGACGGGCCCGGGACACCGCCUCGCCUUGCGCUGCCGCUGCCGCUCUCUCCCGCCCCGUCCCGUCCCCUCAUGGCGCUGGAGCGGACGGGCACCGGCCCCUCCCGCCGCCCGCUCCGGCCUCCCCCGCCCCCGUCUCCUCUUGGUUCGCCGGGCAUGUGAGCGGGGCCGUGACCGCAGAAACCUAACUUCAAAAUACUUAAGAAGUGAAUGCCUCUGGAUUUAGGAACAAAAUUGGGAGUUUAUAUGGAAGAAAUGCUGCUGCGACUGUUCUCAAACUCUAUUACAGACUGAUUUCAGUGUAAGUCAUUUUAUGUGUUGCAUCAUUUUUUGUUGAGUAUCAGAAGUUCUACUCCUCGUUGAUCAAUGUGACAGUGUUCAGUAGUUUACGAGAUGAGCCAAACUCGUGGGAAGUAUGACUUCUGUAUUGGUCUGGUGUUGGCUAUGAGUUCAAGCAUUUUCAUUGGAGGAAGUUUCAUCCUGAAAAAGAAAGGUCUCCUCCGGUUAGCCAGGAAAGGCUCCAUGAGAGCAGGUCAAGGUGGUCAUGCAUACCUUAAGGAAUGGCUGUGGUGGGCCGGACUUCUUUCAAUGGGAGCUGGCGAAGUAGCGAACUUUGCUGCCUAUGCUUUUGCACCAGCUACGUUAGUGACUCCUCUAGGAGCUCUCAGUGUUCUUGUAAGUGCCAUUCUGUCAUCCUUCUUUUUAAAUGAAAAACUUAAUUUACAUGGAAAAAUAGGAUGUUUGUUAAGUAUACUAGGAUCAACUGUGAUGGUAAUUCAUGCUCCACAAGAGGAAGAAGUAGAAACUUUGGAUGAAAUGUCCCACAAACUAGGUGAUCCAGGUUUUGUGGUGUUCGCAACGCUCGUUGUCAUUGUGUCUUUAAUUCUAAUAUGUGUGGUGGGACCUCGUCAUGGACAGACCAACAUUCUCGUGUACAUAACAAUUUGCUCUGUAAUUGGAGCCUUAUCAGUCUCCUGUGUCAAAGGUCUGGGCAUUGCUAUAAAGGAACUUUUUGCAGGAAAACCAGUGCUGAAACAUCCAUUGUCUUGGAUUCUGCUGCUAAGCCUUACUGUCUGUGUGAGCACGCAGAUCAACUAUUUAAACAGGGCUCUGGAUAUAUUCAACACUUCAAUAGUGACUCCAAUAUAUUAUGUAAUCUUCACAACAUCUGUUUUAACUUGUUCUGCCAUCCUCUUCAAGGAGUGGCAACACAUGGCGGCUGAUGACAUUAUUGGCACCUUCAGUGGCUUUCUGACUAUUAUUGUGGGGAUCUUUUUAUUGCAUGCCUUCAAAGAUGUUAACUUCACCCUAGCAAACCUGCCCCUCUCUCUGCGGAAGGAUGAUAGAGCAGCAAAUGGCACUUUGCUGAGCACAUAUGACAGCUUUAAUGAUGAUGAAGAAAAUUCUGCCUGCCUAGGUGAAAUGCAAUCCACUGAGAGUCUCUCAGCCAGAAGAAAUGGAAGCUUGUCAGCCUUCUGAAAAUAUCUACUUGUUACUUAAGAAAAGAACAAUACUGUAACCCUGGAUUUUUUUUUUCCUGCUGUGAAAUGUCUGAGCUUGUCUGGAAAGUCAUGUACUUUUUAACAGUAUGUGUAGACAAUCGUUGAUUUUUGAGUUUGAUUUGUUUGGAUAAAGAACACUGAAAUGUUUUUUAUUUGCCUUACUUUUACUUUAAAAAGUACUAAAAUGACCUCAGACCACAAUUGGUUUUGUUGCUUAAGUUAUGUGUAAAUACUUUCAUUUCAUUCUUCUGUUUUUAAGAUGUAUUGCACUAAUUACAAUUUUAUCAAAAAUAAAUGGCUUUAUUUCUGCAUUGGUGGUAAAAA